GUCUUCCCUUCCCUCCGCUACAGACCACAUGAAGCACUCUGCUCUUCCCGUCCUCCACCCCUGACACCGGCCGCAGGUGGCCAUGGGGUUCCUUGGCUCCAAGAGCUCCUUGUUGGCGUUCCACCUGGGCCUCAUCGCUGGCUUUCUCAGCACCUUCUACCUCAUGGGCAACCUGACGUGGGAAGGGCCCCCACGCCUUGGCACCCAGCUGCCGCGUGACUACAAGGACCCGGAGUGGAUUGUCGAUAGAUCAGCUCUCUUCAGCGUGUCACACCCGCACCUGGAAGGUGAGGAGAGCAGCGUGGCUGACGAGCUGUAUGAUAAGGUGCGGAUCCUGUGCUGGGUGAUGACAGGCCCCAGUAACUUGGAGACGAAGGCUCGCCAUGUCAAGGCCACCUGGUCGCGCCACUGCAACGUGGUCCUCUUCAUGAGCUCUGUGCAGGACGACAACUUCCCCACUGUAGGGCUGGGAACCAAGGAAGGCCGAGACCAGCUCUACUGGAAAACCAUCCGGGCUUUCCAGUACGUACAUCAGCACCACUUGGAUCAGGCAGACUGGUUCCUCAAGGCCGAUGACGACACUUUUGUGGUGGUGGACAACCUCCGGUGGCUGCUCUCCAACUACACCGCCGACAGGCCCAUCUACUUUGGCAAGCGCUUCCGGCCCUUUGCCAAGCAAGGCUACAUGAGCGGGGGAGCCGGCUAUGUCCUCAGCAAAGAGGCCCUGCAGCGCUUUGUGGCUGGCUUUGAAUCUAAGGUGUGCAGCCACACGACCUCGGUGGAGGACCUUGCCCUGGGCCAGUGCAUGGAGAAGAUGGGCGUGGAGGCUGGGGACUCGCGGGACACAGAGGGGAGAGAGACCUUCCAUCCUUUCGUGCCGGAAUCUCACCUGACGGAGAAGUUCUCGAAAAGCUUCUGGUACUGGAACUACUGCUAUUACCCCAUUGUGGAGGGUCCCCAGUGCUGCUCUGACUUGGCUGUCUCCUUUCACUACGUGAGCUCAGAGUUGAUGUACACCUUGGAAUACCUGUGCUACCACCUUCGCGCUUACGGCUACAGGUAUCGCUACCACCCGCCUUUGCCUGAGAAUGCUGCUCAUCUUCAGCCCCGCCCUCGGGGGGAAGCCCCAGAGAGGACCAAUAGUACUACACUGCAGACCGAGAAGAAGGUGCAGGGCCGAUGCUUGGCAUGUGACCCUUGA